AGAAGUCAACCUUGGUCUCCGGUCUCCUCUAGCUAAACGUUAGCUGCCACCAUGGAAGAUCCAAAAAAGAAAGAAAACAAGCCUUCAGAAAAGGCGACAGACAAGGAUAAAGAAAAGGAAAAGGGACAACAGUCCUCUGGGAAAGACAAAGAUAAGAAAGAGGAACAGGAAUUGUCAGAGGAAGACAAGCAGCUCCAGGAAGACCUGGAGAUGAUGGUGGAGAGGCUGAGUGAGAAGAACACGGCCUUGUAUCGUCCAGCUUUAGAAGAACUGCGUAGACAGAUCCGCUCGUCCACCACCUCCAUGACCUCCGUCCCAAAGCCCCUGAAGUUCCUGCGCCCGCACUACGCCAAGCUGAAGGAAAUCUAUGAAGGCAUGGCCCCCGGAGAGAACAAGCGUUUCUGUGCGGACGUGGUGUCGGUGUUGGCCAUGACCAUGAGCAACGAACGCGAGUGCCUGAAGUACCGCCUGGUGAGCUCCCAGGAGGAGCUGGCCUCCUGGGGUCAUGAGUACGUCAGGCACCUGGCAGGUGAGGUGGCCAAAGAGUGGCAGGAGGUGGAGGAGAACGACAAGAGCCAGCAGCAGACUCUGCUGAAGCUGGUGGAGGAGAUCGUUCCGUACAACAUGGCGCACAACGCAGAGCACGAGGCGUGCGACCUUCUGAUGGAGAUCGAGAGGCUGGACAUGCUGGAGGACUACAUUGACGAGAACGCCUACGGGAAGGUCUGCCUGUACCUCACCAGCUGUGUGAGCUACGUUCCUGAGCCGGAGAACUCUGCGCUGCUCAGGUGUGCCCUGAACAUCUUCAGGAAGUUCAGCCGCUACCCAGAGGCCCUGCGUCUGGCCCUCAUGCUCAACGACAUGGAGCUGGUGGAGGACAUCUUCACGUCCUGCAAAGACAUAGUCAUCCAGAAGCAGAUGGCCUUCAUGUUGGGCCGCCACGGCGUCUUUUUAGAGCUGAACGAAGACGUGGAGGACUGUGAAGACCUGACGGAGAUCAUGUCCAACGUUCAGCUCAACAGCAACUUCUUGGCCCUGGCCAGAGAGCUGGACAUCAUGGAGCCCAAAGUGCCAGAUGACAUCUACAAAACCCACCUGGAGAACAACAGGUUUGGUGGCAGCGGCUCCCAGGUGGACUCCGCUCGGAUGAACCUGGCCUCCUCCUUUGUGAACGGCUUUGUGAACGCCGCCUUCGGACAAGACAAGCUGCUCACAGACGACGGCAACAAGUGGCUGUACAAGAACAAGGAUCACGGCAUGCUGAGUGCGGCUGCUUCUCUGGGGAUGAUCCUGCUGUGGGACGUGGACGGCGGCCUGACUCAGAUCGAUAAAUACCUCUACUCCUCUGAGGACUACAUCAAGUCCGGUGCCCUGCUGGCCUGCGGCAUAGUGAACUCAGGGGUAAGGAACGAGUGUGACCCGGCGCUGGCUCUGCUCUCUGACUACGUUCUCCACAACAGCAACGUCAUGAGGAUAGGCGCCAUCUUUGGGCUGGGUCUGGCCUACGCCGGCUCCAACAGAGAAGAUGUCCUCUCUCUGCUGCUUCCUGUGAUGGGCGACUCCAAGUCCAGCAUGGAGGUGGUUGGAGUGACGGCGCUGGCGUGCGGCAUGAUUGCUGUGGGCUCGUGUAACGGAGAUGUGACCUCCACCAUCGUCCAGACCAUCAUGGAGAAGAACGAGCAGGAGCUGAAGGACACGUACGCCCGCUGGCUGCCUCUGGGGCUGGGCCUCAACCACCUCGGGAAAGGCGAGGCUAUAGAGACCACCCUGGCGGCUCUGCAGGUUGUUCCUGAACCUUUCCGCAGCUUCGCCAACACCUUGGUGGACAUCUGCGGUUAUGCAGGUUCUGGGAACGUCCUGAAAGUCCAGCAGCUUCUCCACAUCUGCAGCGAGCAUUACGAAGCCAAGGACAAAGACAAGGAGGAGGACAAGGACAAGAAGGAGAAGAAGGACAAGGACAAGAAGGACACGGCUGACAUGGGCUCUCACCAGGGCGUGGCUGUCCUGGGCAUCGCCCUGAUCGCCAUGGGGGAGGAGAUUGGUUCUGAAAUGGCUCUGCGGACAUUUGGACACCUGCUGCGUUACGGCGAGCCCACGCUGCGGAGGGCCGUCCCGCUGGCCCUCGCCCUCAUCUCCGUGUCCAACCCCCGGCUCAACAUCCUGGACACCCUCAGCAAGUUCUCCCACGACGCUGACCCGGAGGUCGCCCAUAACUCCAUCUUCGCCAUGGGCAUGGUGGGCAGUGGCACAAACAACGCCCGCCUGGCGGCCAUGCUGCGGCAGCUGGCCCAGUACCACGCCAAAGACCCCAACAACCUGUUCAUGGUGCGCCUGGCGCAGGGUCUGACUCACCUGGGCAAAGGGACGCUCACGCUGUGCCCCUACCACAGCGACCGGCAGCUGAUGAGCCAGGUGGCCGUGGCGGGCCUGCUCACCGUGCUCGUCUCCUUCCUGGACGUCAAGAACAUCAUCCUGGGAAAGUCUCACUACAUCCUGUACGGCCUGGUGGCGGCCAUGCAGCCCCGCAUGCUCGUCACAUUCGAUGAGGAGCUGCGACCGCUGCCCGUCUCAGUCAGAGUUGGACAGGCCGUGGACGUCGUCGGCCAAGCAGGGAAGCCGAAGGCCAUCACGGGUUUCCAGACUCACACCACGCCUGUGCUGCUGGCUCAUGGCGAGAGGGCGGAGCUAGCCACAGAGGAGUACCUCCCCGUCACGCCAAUCCUGGAGGGCUUCGUUAUCCUCCGCAAGAACCCCAACUACGAAACCUAGAGGGCCCCGGGCCCCUGGCUGUCAUGGUCUAUGGUCUGUGGCCUGAAUCGUUAACGUUGGAUGGAUGGAGCGCUGCUAGGAGCAGAACUGGGACCCCCUCCUUCCUACCCGGAUGGUUCUACCUGAGCCAGCUCUUUGACUCUUGGACCAGUUCAGUAAUAUAGAGCCUGUCUGCCACUCCUCUGUAUCGUCUUCAUUCAUUGGUCACUGAUUAAUGCUGAGUCAUCCUCGGCGUUCUGUGGCUGCAGCAUUGAAACUUGUCCUGCUUUUCUUCCUUUAGGUUUUUGUUACUGUGUUGUAAAAGUUUGAGUUCAAAUAAAAGGAUGAGUUUGGUUGAGAUUA